GUAUGUAACAUGGAUCUGUCCAGAAGGUUGGCUACGUCAGCUUGCCCAACGUGGGACCGCCAGUUCGGCCAUGGCUCUCUGAAGAGUACACUUGGAACGCCACCACCUCACAUUGACUUUGUGGCGCUCGAGCAUUAUAUCACAAUUGCAAGUGGUAGAGCGUUUCGCUAACAAACACAGCAGCCUCCACGAUACCUCCGAAGGGUUGUCGGAAGCUUGAUAUCGGGGUGCGCGCAGACGCCGGAGCCGUCAUGGCGCAACGGAUACUGCGACCAGGCACACGCGCAGACGCAGAUGCAGACGCAGAUGCAGACGCAGACGCAGACGCGCUCGAUGAUACGGUAGAGCUCGAGCAAUUCCGCCGCUCACCCCAUCCAUACUUGCAUCACGGAGAUCAGACACGAAGGCAGUCACCAGGCCCGACGCAUCGCGCCCCUCCGCCCUCGCAGUCGCGACCCUCUUCCGAGCCUCCAGGCAAGACGAUGCACGACAACGACGGCCGGACACGCAGGAAAAGGGCACCGCACUCCCCGAGCGAAAGCGGCACCGAAGCCGACGACGAGGGCUACAGCCUCGUCAAGGCGCUGCCUGCUCCUCCCCUGCGACCACACAAAGGCCUUCGAGAAUCGCGGACGUCGGGCACAGACGAAUGGGCGAGUCCGCUGCUCACUCCCACACAGAUCGACGACGAGGGGAGAAAGCUCUUCGAGGGCUACUUUUCCCGCACCAGCAAGACGAGGCGCUUAGGAGACGCAUACCACAACGACGACGAGGCGAGGAGGGCCAAGCAAAAGUACCUCCAGCGGCGGCGCAACGAGCUGGUCAGGCGAACGACCGAGACUGCAUUGCUCGCGGGCAUUGCCACGCUCGCCGUCCGCGGUUGCGACUGCUGGGUUAAUUUGCUGGCAUGGCAUAGAGUAGAAUUGUUGACGCACGUUGCAGUCAUGGCUGGCGUCUUGGGGCUGUAUCCGCUUCGUCUUCUGUACUACUCAUGGAGAAAUCACUCUCGUCUCCGGCUUGGCCGUCGAAUACAUCUACCAGCCGCCUUCGAUCCUGCCACCAUACUCUACCCCCCAAUACUGCCCGUCCUCAUUGCGCUGUCACUCUUUGCCUCAUCACCAAAGCCCCUUCUACCCAACAUGUUGCUUGGCUUAGCUGCGUUGCCAGCCAGACUCAUUCCCUUCAGGAGCGCUACCUUGGGCUACUCUCCUCUGCACUGGCUGAUCUCCAUCAUGCCCCUGAUUGCUGCCGAGAACACCGACAUACCGUCUCGGCUGUUUGCACAGACACCAUACAGACUCAAGUUACCCCCGCCUGACCAAGGUCUAGAUCCCGAACUUCUGGUGACGUUGUUUGCUCUGCAUCAGGCGCUGCUACCGCCGCUAUACUACCUCACCACUACGAGCCUUCUACCAGCAGAGCUCCACCUGCUUUCGAUUGGGCUCAUCAACCUCCUCUUGUUCUCGGACACCCCUCAAGCAACCAUACUCAGUGUCUUACUGUGGCUAGGCGGGCUGGGGGUAUUUUUGCUCUGCGGCAACGUCUUGAAGUGGGGCGUUGCACUUGCACGCAUCCCGCGAUGGAGGCUUCGACGCGCUGGCCAAGUCAUUCGAGCUCGACAGAACUUCUUGCAGGUGUUGAACCGUAGUCUGGGAUCCAAACGCGAUGGAAGCGAUUCCGUGAGGGAUGUGAGUGACAGUGAUGCGGAUGAAGAACCCAGAUUCGACAAGCCUCUCCAAAAGACCAAGAGCCUUAAAGUCAACAUUUUAGACUCGGUCAGACACAGCAGACCCUGCAUGGAGGACAGCGAGCCGCGGUCUGCUGCCGAAGCGAUAAAGACUGGCUUUCAGCAGUCUACUUCUGCAGAAGGGCCCACUCAUAACAGUGGACGUAAGCGUAGGAAUACCCUUCCAGUCCUCGCUGCUGAAGACCAUACGUCACAGCAUCGAUAUUCGAACCGAAGACAGUCGAGAUCGAUUGUGCAGUCUUACUUAUCGCUCACGCCCACCGAAGCCACCAGGAGGAAAUGGCUCUACGCUGGAUACUUCUACGUGAUUGUCGUAGGCCUGAUACUGGGACCAAUUCGGUAUAGUAUCGGCAAACAUGCUCUUCACCGUCACGAACCUUUUGGAUGGGCCAUUAGCUACCUCUUCGGCAAUGUAUCACGCGUGCGGUGGGAAGUGUUCAAGUGGGAUUUGGACUGGUGGGUCCCUCUGCCGACGAGACGGGACGCUGACGACAUGGCCCAACUCACACACUAUCUGCCAUUUGCGGAAUACGUUCGUCGCGUAGUGCUGGGAGAAGCGAAUACGCGUCUCUUGCUGUGCGUGUACUGUGCCGGAACCAUACUCACUGGCCUCGUGGCAGUCUUGUCGCUUUCUGCGGUGGUAGAAGUCGACACACGCAGAAAGGUGUUCCACGGCACCAUGGUGGCGAUGCUCCUGCCGACCAUCUUCAUUGACCCUUGUUUUGUUGCGCUGGCGCUUGCACUUGUACUUGCGAUAUUCCUCCUCCUCGAUCUGAUUCGAGCCUCGCAGCUUCCGCCGCUGUCCAAGCCCAUUGCCAGGUUCCUGACGCCGUACGUGGAUGGCCGCGAUCUCCGAGGCCCCGUGGUGGUAUCGCACAUCUUCCUCUUGAUUGGCUGUGCGAUCCCGCUGUGGCUAUCGCUCGCAGGAGUGGAACGGACUGGCGAUGAGUCGUGGCAAGGCUGGGAGGUGAAAGGCAGGGACGUGAGUAUGGUGGCGGGAGUUAUAUGUGUGGGCAUGGGCGACGCAGCAGCAUCCCUCAUCGGGCGGCGCUACGGGCGGCGGAAAUGGCCUUGGGCAGGCGGCAAGUCACUGGAAGGGUCCUUGGCGUUUGCAGUCGCGGUGUCGGCUGGACUCGUGGCAAGUAUAGUCUGGCUCCGCGUUGGGUGGGAAAGCGGAGCGGUAGGGCACAAGACGGAGGGCGAGUGGGCUCACGACGCAUUGCUCACGGUCGGCAAGGCGGCUCUGUGCGCGACAGGCGUAAGCCUCAACGAGGCGGUCCUCACAGGCGGCAACGACAACGUGAUCGUGCCAGUCAUACUAUGGGUCCUUGUGAGGGGUGUCAGGCUGUAGGUAGUGGACUCAGCCGCAUCAGGCGGGAUGCAGGUACGGUGUAGAUAGACGGGUCGACCAUGAAGCCGACCACAUGGUCGUUCGCGCAGGGGAGCAUGACUUGCAUGGCAGGUCCCGAGUGAAGUACGUCAGAACGGGUGAGACCAGACAAGAAGCAGGCGCAAAGAAGCAUGUCGGAGCGUGCAGCCUGGCGAUGUGGUGCUAGUGCAUGAGGGGCACGCGUCGUUAUCAACCAUCCCGGUCGGCUUCCUCCAUGUGACACCCGCACGCCUGCCUCGAGCAACCGCCUCCGCCUAUUGUAC